AUGACGUGGAAUUCAAGUUGUAGUAUUGCAUCCGAUGAUGAAAAUUCGAGACACAGUUUCUUGUCCGAUUGUGGUUCUGAAUUUGACUUACGACCACCACCUCGAUAUCCAGCUGAAAAACGAUCAUAUUCACCAUUAAAAAAACAAUCAAUCAAUAGAAUGGAACCACCAAUGACAAGAUCAAGAGCAAAAGCUAUUGGAAAGUUAAUAAUUACAUCAGAGGCAUUACCUAAACAACAACGGCGUCAAUCAACAUUACGACGUAGUAUUGAUGCAUUUACUGGAAUGACUACAACAUUAACGAAUAGUUUAAAUAACACUUCAAUUUUAUUUGCAAAACAAGAACCAACAACAUCGUCUAAUGAUAGAGCACCGAAUUUUCCAUCGGAUGGUGUUAAUAUAUUAGCUGAUAGAUUCGAAAGUUGUAGUUUAGAUGAAGGAAAAUGUAAGAUUUUUUUGUUUUUGAAUAUUUCAAAAAUAAAUUCAAUGUUAACUUUUUUUUUAAUGAAACACGAUCGAAAAGAACUGUUGAAGUAUAGAGUAAACAAAAAUUGUGUAUGGCCAAGUCGUGAGACUAAUAGUCAUUAUACGCGUCCAACAACUUCAUCACGUCAAACGAAUAUAUUUGGUAUGAAUCUAUUUUCAACAUUAAAUAAUUCCACUUUAUUUGCUCAAUCUUCAACAACACCGACUCUAUUCGGUCAACAUCAAGCUCAAUUAUGGUCACGUUUUCGUUUUGCUGCUUCAACUCUUCGUAAUAAUUUAUGGCUUGAACAAACAGAUUCAACUUUACAACAAGUUCCAUCAAAUAUAUUCUCAACUAAUUUUAAUAAUAAUAAUUCAUUUAAUUUUAAUAAUCAAUCGUCAAUGUUAUUAUCUCCACAAACCGUACCGACUACACUUAUGAAUCUACAAAAUAAAACAUCAUCCUCAUUGAUUGAAGAACCAUUGUCAUCUUCAAUUUUUAGACAACGUAAAAUUCCAUCAACAACUGAUUCUAUACUCACAAAAGAAAAUUUUAUUGUUCAACAAUCAUCAAUAUCAAAAAUUUUCUUUACAUUAACAAUUUUUGCCAUUGGUCUUGUGCUUGGUUAUUUAUUAACAAAUACAUUACCACCUCGUCUUGUUUGGGAAAUAUGUAUUAAAUAUUUCCAUAUUUUAUGUGUUUAUCUUCAAAAUAUAAUGAAAUACUUUGCAUCUUUUCGAUUAGCUUAA